AUGAGCAAAAAAUAUGUAUAUUGGGAAAAGCAGGGUAAUGAUCGCAUGUGUGGUCUUCACUGCAUAAAUACUAUCCUUCAGGGCCCUUAUUAUAGUGAAGAUGUUCUAGCACAAAUAGGAAAAGAAAUUGAUGAAAAAGAGAAAGAAUUUUUAAAAAUGCCUUCUAACGAAUUAAUAAGAACAAAUUCAUCAAAUGUUUUGGAUGACGGUUUUAUAAAUAUUUCUGUACUCAUUGAAAGUUUAAGACGAAAAAAUAUAUUAUUAAAAAAUGCUUUUGAAGAAGAUUUAACAAAAAUAAUAUCAAGUGGUCAUCAAGAUAUUGGUUAUAUAUGUAAUUUAGAACAACAUUGGUUUAGUGUUCGUAAAAUUCAUAAUACUUGGUAUGUAUUAGAUAGUUUAAAAAGUGCGCCAUUAUUUAUUAAAGAUAUAAAUUUAAAAUAUUAUUUUAAUGACAUUUUUAAAAAAUAUCAUAUAUUUUCUGUACAAAAUAUGAACCCAUAUAUUUCUUUACCAAAACCUGAUAUAAAUUUUGAACCUAAAAAUCCAAAUCAAUUUUAUAUACCAACUAAUCAUAUUUCUGAAAUUUCAUCUGCGUCUAAUGGUUUUAUAUUAGAAGAUAAAUAUAGUAUGAACAAGUCAGAAAAUAGUAGUCUCUUUUCAAAUUUUAAUAAGCCUCAAAAUUUUCAAUGGCCAAAAAAUGGGGGAAGAAAAUUAAACGAUGAUAUAAAUAAUAUUAGCUCAAAUAAUAUGGAUGAUGAUGUUGACGAUGAAUUUAAAAUUGCUUUGAGGUUAUCAAUGGAAGAAUAUAUUAAGAAUUUGCCACCUCCACCAAGCGAAGAAUUAAUUAAUGAAGAUUUUAUAAAUGUUAUGAUCAAAUUGCCAAACAAAAAAAUCCAAAGAAAAUUUGGCGUAUCGAAAACUUUAGCGGACAUUUUUUAUUGGAUAGAAUAUGAAUCAGUAAACAGCCAGCAGAUAGAUUCAUCACUAGUUUUUAAAAACUGUUAUUUUCUUUAUCAAUUAUUCCCAAGGAGAAAGUUUUGCAAGUAUCAAAACGGAUCUAUCGAAUUACAAGUUGGUGACAAGGUUGAAUUGGUUCAUGAUAAAAGUUUGAAAGAUAUGAAAUUCGAAAAAGAGGAAACGUUUAUGAUGCAAUAA